CCUGAGGCCGUCGAAUAUGGGUCCCUUUCUUUCUUGCACAUGACACCAGGGUAAGGGCUCACCCAGAAACUUAUUGCAAUCUCCAAGUUUAUUCAAAUACACAAAUCUUUCAAUGGACCAUGACUCCGUCAACGGAAUAACCAUCCCGACGCCAAAAAUGGCAGGCACAUUCCCACGUUUCCUCGAUAUUCCAAAAGAAAUACGACUUCUCAUUUGGGAAUUAACAUACCCACGCAACCGGGUCAUACAAAUAAUCUCCACCCGCUUCUACAAAGAAUUUGAAAAUUGGCAACUCGACGCAAAAGGUUCACACUGGACCAUUUCCAGCACAUCUCCCAUUGCCCUCGACGUCUGCAAGGAGUCCCGAGACCUCGCAAAGACUCGAUAUAUCCCUAUCCUCGAAUGCCUCCACAAAAAAGCCAAGGACGUCGAUCUCAGCGCUCACCCAGUGAGAUUCUCAGGGCUUCGCAGUGUCCGAAUCAAUCUCGAGCAUGACACCAUCCUCAUGGGCCCUGCACACAUGACCUACAUCUCUCAACACCUCGACUUCUCAAAAAUCAAGCACCUGGCGCUCAUGUCGUAUGAGGAGUACCUGGGCACCGCUCCCGUGCUGUCUGGGUCGCUUCGGCGCAAGCCACGCUGGACUGGCGCUGCAGGGAGCUGGACGAGUACCUGGCCGAACCUGAAAAGUCUCAACUUCGUCCUUGGACGCACGAGUUGCAUUCCUGAUUCUGAAAACAGACCCUGGCAACCGAGCUUCGAGCUACUGGAUGUGGACUCAAACUUCAGUGAUACGGCGGCGUGGAUCAAGCAGAUGUCCUCCAAGGGUGAGACGACCGUACGCCUGCGUUUCACGACACUCCAAAAUAUCUGCUCUCUUGCAGCGGAGUUGCGGCGGCAUUACCGUGAUGCGAAAGCGGCGAUCGAGAAGGCGGAGAAGUGGGAGAAUUUGGAGUUUCGAGUCACAGUUGCGACCCAUCAGCAAAAUAUGGAGGACCACUCACGCAAGUGCUGCCCUCGCCGCGAUUGUCCGAAUAGAGUAUGGAGAGUAUCCUAUCUAAGCGCAAGCUCGGAGAGAAACCAUGUUCCUCCACCCGCUGACCCGCUUCAGUGGGCACAGCUGGGGUUAUUUUAUUGGCAGGACGAUGUGCCCAUCUGCGACGGGAAUGGUGAAAUGUGGAGUCGGUAUAAUGGAAUUCAGGGGCUUUUCGAGAAAUAGGGAGAAUAUUAAAGGAUUGUUGUUUGAGCGAUCAGAUUCCCACUUUGAAUUAUCUGAGUUCCAAUUGCAGUGAUCGGCACGACAGGCGGAAGAAUGAAUGU